AUGGUGCUCGAGGCGACGAUGAUCGUGUAUGCCGCCUCACGUGCAUGUAAACGAACAGCGAUACUGACGUCUGCCGCAGCGUCGACAACAGCGAAAGCAGCCGGAACGGAGACUACGUACCUUCGCGAUGGGAAGCCCAAGUCGAUGCCGUCAACCUCAUCUUCCACUCCAAGACACAAGCGAAUCCCGAAUCAUCAGUCGGCCUGAUGAGCAUGGGCGGCGGCGGUCCAGAAGUCCUCACAACCCUCACCACCAACCCCGGAAAGAUCCUCGAUGGACUACACAGGACAAAGGUGAAGGGCGAGUCACAUCUCUACACCGGUAUCAUGAUCGCUUCGGUAUGUGGUGACGAGAGAGCAUACAAGUUGGCAGCAUCACAUGUGCUGAUGAGAAACCCGGGAAACAGUUGGCUCUCAAACAUCGGCAGAACAAGUCUCAACGACAACGCAUCAUCGUCUUCACCUGCUCGCCCAUCGCCGACUCCACGAGCACCCUAACAAAGCUCGCCAAGCGUAUGAAGAAGAACAAUACGAGCGUCGACAUUAUCGCCUUUGGAGACCUGACCGACGAGAACCUCGACAAGCUGCGCCAGUUCAACGAAGCCGUCAAAUCAAAUGAGGGAUCACAUCUAGUGAUCAUACCACCCAGCUCUGAUCUCCUCUCUGACAAGAUUGUCUCGUCGCCAAUCCUGGAUGGCGAGGGUGGCGGCGCUGCAGCGAAUGGCGGAGGUGCCAGCGGUGAGGGCGGAACUGGAGGGGACAUCUUCGAAUUCGGUGUCGAUCCCAACUUGGACCCGGAGCUGGCGCUUGUGCUACGUAUGAGCAUGGAAGAGGAGAAGGAGCGGCAAGAGCGGGAGAAGCAUGCACGGGAAGAGGCUGACGGCAAGACAAAUCUGGAGAGUGUGCCCGAGAACCAGGAGGGUGAGGCCAGUGAGAGCAAGGCCAAGGACAGGAAGGACGAUGACAAGAUGGAUACUGCAUGA